AUGAGUUUUGCGUUGAUCAUAACGGCGCAGCUGGUUCUUCACUGCACCUCUGCAAGCACGCAAUAUCUGGAACGAAAUCCAGCGCUUCAAGAGUAUCAGAAUGAAGCUGCGGCUUUCCCUCUCCAAGAGACGUGGUACAUGGCGUACAGAAACUACGAGACGGAUCCCUUUUUUGGUGGCACAGCCAAAUGCGUUAGAAUAAGCGAGACUGAUCCCGGUCAAGACGGCGUUUACCCUCUGGUUUUACACUACGAUCCAGACGUUUCCAUUGACCUAACGCUGACCUUGAGUUCGUCGCCAGGGUAUACUCUCAAAAACAUUGGGAUUCAUCAAGCCGUUGGCCAAAACGACUCGGCAGAGGUGUACUGUGCCUUCAAAAACGUCAAGAUGUGUGAUGUACUCCGGAUCCCUUACGCUGGCGAUGGGGCAUGCGCACUCCUUGUUCCCAAGAGUCAACUGGGAAGUCACGAGGCGUGUUGUGAUUUCAUCUUCGAUCUCCUCUGCGGCAGCACUCCCAAGUUCGACAUCUCCGAUAGCAGCUGCCCGUAG